AUGUAUAAAAUAUGCGGUGUGAAUCAAGGUCAACGACGUUUCGUAGUUUCGUCGUCGGCGGUUUCGAAUGGUCACACAGCGAUGUGGGCGGUCCCGAUGGGCGGAGACGUGGUGGUGGCGACGAGGCCAUAUGGCCAGAGUGUACAAAGCGACGAGACGCAGAGCGAGGCUGCUUCUCUGGUCCUUCGUGUGUUCUGGCGACGAACACUUUCAGACAGCAACAACCUACUAACUGGACCACGAUUUACAAUGGCGAUAAGACAGCUCAACGGUACGCAUCGUCGAUGUAGGUUGAGGAGCGUUGACCGCGUGCCCGUCACUCAUUCAACGAUGGCCGUCGUCGUCGAGAAGGUCAUCAUUGAAGAUGGACAGGUCGUUCACUUUCAUAUCUCACCUCUCCCGAGAGGUGAACCUGCCAGGUAUCCGACCUCUCACUGCUGA